AUGAAACUCCCAACUGAGAACAGGGUAAUAACAGUGAGAGGUGAACAAAGAGGAUCCAGAGAAUGCUACCUGAGCUCUAUUAGAAAGGUUGAGCCCCGGGACGUACAUGCCAUCCUGAUUGAUGUGGAUAUGGCAGACGUCCCAAGCGAGGCUCCUCCUGAACGAGAGGAUGUUGACAUGAUCGACGCACCUCCCGAGCACGAAGAACUCUCCAUGAUCGAUGAGAUCGAUCUCCAUUUAACUGAACAUGAAACCCGAACAACUCCGGUUGAGGAACUAGAAAUCUUCCCGAUCGACCCUGCUACCUCGCGAAGGCGACAUGGUGGGCAUAGACCCCAAGGACAGCUGUCACCACCUAAAGAUAGAUCCUCAAAUUGCCCCGCAUCGACAGAAAAGAAGAGCCUCAACCCGAAAAGGUAUGAGGCUCUGAAGGAAGAAGUGCAGAAGCUCAUCAAGAACGUCUUCAUUAGGGAGGCCAUCUACUCGAAGUGGGUCUCCAACCCGAUACUCGUUAAGAAGCACAACGGUAAGUGGAUGGUAUGUAUCGACUUUACGAAUCUCAAUAAGGUAUGUCCUAAAAAUAGCUUCUCACAUCCGAGAAUUGAUCAAUUGGUAGACUCCACCGUCGAGCAUGAGCUCCUGAGUUUCAUGGAUGCCUACUCGGGCUAUAACCAAAUAUCCAUGUACCUGAUCGAUGAGGAGAACACCUCAUUUACCACUAACAGAGGCCUUUAUUGCUACAAGAUGAUGCCCUUUGGGUUGAAAAACACCGAGGCCACCUAUCAAAAGCUUAUCAACAAAAUGUUCGUGGACGUCAUUAGCAAAAAGAUGGAAGUCUACGUUGACGAUAUGCUUGUGAAAAGCCUGAAGGUAGACGACCAUGUGAAGCACUUGGAUGACACUUUUCGAACCCUCAGAAGGUACAGGAUGAAGCUCAACCCUCUCAAGUGCGCUUUUGGCAUUGCCUCUGGUAAAUUCAUGGGGUACAUGGUCAAUCAAAGAGAAAUCGAAGCCAACCCUGAAAAGAUCAAUGCCUUACUCGAGAUGAGAUCACCCCAAAAACCCAAGGAAGUCCAAAGUCUAAUGGGACGAGUGGUAUUGAAAGUUGGGAAGAAGUUAAAAUGGAAUGAGGAAUAUGAAGAGGCCUUCCAAGGCCAGGAAAGGCAUCUAGGGCAGGCCCCCCUCCUCUCCAAGCCAAAGCCUGGCGAUAUCUUUCAAGUAUACUUGGUCGUCUCUAAUGAGGCCAUCAGUGUGGUCCUAACCCGAGAGGAAGGAACAACCCAACUUCCUGUGUAUUACACCAGCAAGGCACUCCUAUCUCCGAAAACUCAUUAUUUCGAUAUGGAGAAGCUAGCCUUAGCCUUGAUCACAGCUUCUAGGAAGCUGAAGCCCUACUUUCAAGCACACACCAUUUACCUACUGACCAACUUCCCUUUGAGGCAAGUGUUACAGAAGCCAGAUGCCUCGAGAAGACUACUGAAAUGGGCAGUAGAGUUAAGUGAAUUUGACAUUGUCUUCGAGAUAAGGGCGUCAUCAAGGAACUUGUUCGUGGAUGGUUCGACUGGAGACACGGAUUCGGGAGUUGGGGUAGUCCUUGUCAGCCCAGAAGGUCACAAGUUGAACUCAACCGUGAGAUUUGGAUUUAAGGCCACCAACAACGCUGCUAAGUAUGAGGCACUCCUUGUGGGCCUCAGAUUAGCCAGAGAAAUGCAAGUUAGGAGGCUACGUAUCAACAGUAACUCCCAGCUGGUGAUCCCUCGCCUCGAGAACACACAUGCAGAUGCACUCUCUAAACUCGUGAGUAGCAAGGACUCCGAAUUGCUUGCGAUAGUCCUACCUAUUAACAAAGAUGAGGCCUACAAAUUGAGAAGGAGAUUAGCUCAUUUCCUCUUCAUCGAUGAUGUACUCUACAAAAGAAGCUUCUCCUCUCCACUUCUUCGCUGCGUGGGGGGAGACGAGGCCACAUACAUCCUAAGGAAAAUCCACGAAGGUGUUUGUGGCAAUCACUCGGGAGGGUUAGCUUUGGCACAAAAGGUACUGAGACAAGGAAAAUUAGAUGCAUCAAAGGGAGCCUGGGUUGAUGAGCUGCCUCAAGUGCUUUGGGCGAUCCGAACUACCACCAAAACUCUCAUGGGGGAAACUCCUUUUCUCAUAGCCUAUGGAACUGAAGCCAUGAGCCCAGUCGAGGUCGGCUUAGCAUCACCUUGUCAUCUACACUUCAGCGAAAUAUCUAAUGACGAGCUACGGAGGUUCAACCUUGACUUCAUUGAUGAAAGAAGAGAUGACUCCCCGCUGAGGUGA